CUGGGACAUCCUCCCCUACUGUAAGUUCUGUUUCUUACCUUCUCUUAAACCGCUUACAAUGCACUGCUGCUUUGUCAAGCAAUGAAACAACAAGUGCUUGACCUGAUUUCACAACUCUACACUCAAGAUAAAGGGAAAAAAUGAAUGACUCCUUGUCAAAUCUCUCUGGAAAUUCAACUUGUGAAGAAGGCACCACAAAUGACUUCAAACGCAUUAUGUACCCUGUAACGUACAUAAUCAUUUUUGUCCUGGGCAGUGCUGGCCACUCUUUAUCUAUCUGCAUCUUUUACAGCCAAUGGAGAAAGCAAAAGAGUUUCACGCCUGUGAACUUGUUAAUGGUGAACCUGUUGCUGUCAGACUUGAUGAUGGUGUGCUCUUUGCCCUUGAGAAUCUCUUUCUACCUACUGGACAAUUGGCCGUUUGGUGAUAUCGCCUGUCGACUCAUCUUUUAUGUGUUUUAUCUCAACAUAUACAGCUCGAUGUAUUUUCUAGUGGCUCUCAAUAUCUUGCGUUACUUAGCGCUGGUAUGGCCAUACCUGUACUUGCGCAUACAGACCACCUGCGUUGCGGCGAUCCUGUGUACAGUCAUCUGGGUGAUGAUGGCUUUGGCCUGCAGUCCGCUGUUGUUCUCCAAGAAAGGAAAACAAAAGGGAAGUCCUCGGUGCCUGGAUCUGUCAACAGAUAACGUGGACAAAUUGCUUUAUAUCAACAAUGUGUCUCUUCUCAUGGGCUUUGUGGUGCCUUUGGUGGUCGUGAUUUUCUGCUCCAUCUUUGUUGUGAAGAGUCUUCUGACGCCCAGUCCUGCACUGGGUAGGACCAGGCCGUGCAGGAAGAAGGCAUGCGCUUUGGUCAUCAUCAGUCUUGUGAUCUUUCUGGUGUGUUUCUUGCCAUAUCACGUUGUACGGACGGUCUUCCUAACUGCCGAGAAACAGCUCAAGAUGAAUGGAAACAAAGACUCAUGUAACUACAUUUGGAUAGUCCGUAAGGUCGCCGUCAUAACACAUUGUUUGUGUACGACCAACAGCUGUCUGGAUCCCCUUCUGUUCUUCUUCGUGGGGGAGAAUUUCAGAUCGUUCUCGGACAAAUUUUUAGGACGGAGAAAAACGAUCAAUGAUAGGACACUGCGACAGGAAGAACUACAGGUUUUACAGAAGUGAAUAAAGAACAGAGGUACCUCAGAGGAACAGAGGAAACAAUGUUUUUACUUUAUUAUUUAGCUAUGAGCAGCCCUUGCAUUUUUUUUACUGUAUGUGGUUGCUUGUCUCCACUGCCAUCAGCAUUGCAUUGCAGAUCAUUUACAUAAAGUUGAACUCUGUCACUGUCAUCAUUUGUUGGCCACUUGUAAAUAUUAAAUAUUAAAUGUGAUGUGACAUCUCGCAGUUUGAAGAUAUUUGUAAAUCUAUUGUUAUGCUCAAUGUGACCGCUGUAAAAAUCCCACCGAGAGUUGAGAGAGCCAGUCACUUAUUUAUUAACUUUACAUACAUUCACUGCACAGCCUGAAAUUUGUGAUCUGAGGUAAAUACUAUUUUUUUAAAGCAGCGUUGUUUGAUUUUAUUCCUCGUUUCAAAUAUAUUGGAAUUGAACCUUGACCAACAGUUUUAUAUUUUGGCCCCCUAAAGCAUGUCCGUCCAAAUUUUAUUAACCUUAAGGGGAUAGUUUGACCAAAAACAAAAAAACUGUCACCAUUUAUUCACCCAGAUGUUUAAAACCUCUAUGUGACUCUUCUGUGAAACACAAAAUAACAUAUUGUUUAAAUGUCUCAGUGGUUUUGUGUCCAUACAAUGGGAGUCAAUGGGGGCCAGUGUAGCUUGGUUACCCACAUUCUUUAAAAUGUUGUCAAAAUGAAAGUCACAGGUUUUGAAUAGCAUGAAUAUAAGAUGACAUUUUUAUUUUUAGUGGACUUUAUCCUUUUAAUGGGAUGGGUGUGGUUGAUCUCUUGUGCUAAUAUCUCUUCAGUCUAUUUCAAUUGUCUUGGCCUUUUUUUUCACAUUUGCCUGCAGCACGUCAUUCUGUGGCCUAUGAAACAUGUUUAACUCUCUUAUAAGAGCUUAUCAGGAAGCAAAAGAACUGUAUGCAAAGUAUGUGGCUUCCUGAAGACACCUGCUUGUCACAGGGUUGGACCUCUAUUUGAAGAUAUGUGAUAAAUAUCUUGGUCACUGUUGUUUUGUUCAUAAGAGGAAGUUUCACAUUUUGAGGAAUUUUGUCUUAAGUUUCCCUCGAUAUCAUUAUUUUACAUCUGCCCAUCCUUCUACUGCAUUUUUAGAUCAACCUGAAUCUUCUUUGGCUUGUUUCGUUGCAAUGAAUCCAACAUCCCGAACAAAGUCAAUGAAUUGGGGUCAUUUGGCACGUGUACUGCACUUGCACAAGUUGGCUUUGCACAAUGGUAAACCAUUGUGCCAAACUAACUUUUUUUCAAGAGAAGAGGAGAUAUAAAAAUAAUGACACCGUUUCCAAGGCAAUUAUGUUGCGUUUGUAGAUCAACAGAUUGCACCGACUGUCAAAAAUUACUGCUUCCUCUUUCAUUUCAUCCUUAAAUGGAGUGUUGUCACACUUACAUAAGCACCUCCCCUUACCAUGCAUCCUGUGUAACCUAAUGGAAAUGCAUCCUCUGAAUUAUAACGCACGGCUGUGUCUAACAUCGCACUGAGCUGCUUAUCGAGAUCUAAUUUUAGGGCAUUAUAAGUACCCGUAACAAUAUUUGUGGUAGUAUCACUGACAUGUGUCUGACACUGACAAGGAGCACAACCGUGUAUGCUCUCAGCUGACUUGUCUAGAUAGUCAGCUCACUAGGUUUUGAAAAACAGCCCAAUUACAUUAUUUCUUGAGCAAUAACA